CUGAGUGGGACUGUGGCUGCAGGACAUCAGGCACACAGAACCGUCAAUGGAACACGCCAGCGCCCAGAGGAUAAUAAUUUGCACAUAGACCUGUGAUUUCAUGGCAUCAUGGCAUUGUCUUUGGACGCAUUAGGAGCAGAUCCUUCAAAGGAACACACCAUCCCAGUUGCUGGCCUAAACUAGCCUUUGGUUUCUAAAGGAAUACAGCCUUUCCUGUGGUCAGCCAUUCUCCAAGUGCCAUCCACUGCUUCUGACGCACAAAUGCUGUUUCUCACUCCCCACGUUCCUGUGGACCUGUGAUAAUGAUCACUCCUUGAUGCUGGGCGUUGCUGCGGUUGCUGCCUAUCAAAGCAGUCCUUUUUAAUUCAUCCUCUUGUAGCACAGAUGCAUUACUGAUGACAAUGUAAUAGAGACGGGGUGGUGAAUUGCAGCUUGCCAAGGUGCCUGCAUGCCCUUGGAAGGAUAUGAGUGAUCCGAGCCCGAAAAAAGGAGACAAAGCUAAUCCGCUCAGAGCAGCAGGGGGGUGCAAGGACUCCUCGAAAAGUAUGCAGUCGGAUGACCUGUUUGCUAGGAAGUUUAAAGCCUUGAAUGGGAGCAUGGGACCUCCGUCGGCACAAGGGAAACUUGACAAGGCUAACGGGACACCGGCCAUGCCUAAGAUGGGAGUUCGAGCACGAGUGUCGGAGUGGCCCCCCAAGAAGGAAGGCUGGGACGGCCGGCUACCCCCAAACUACGAGAGCAUUAUGAUGGGGUUCCAGAAUGGACAGCCAGACCAAAGCUUGGAAGCCAUCAGCGAACGAAGCAGGGAGGCUUCCGUGGACUUGGAGUUCGCCGAGACCAAAUACUCCUUGAGCGACUUUCUAAGCCGAUCCCCUCCUAAGGGGCUGCACCCGAUCCGGCAGCGGAGCAACAGUGACGUGACGAUCAGCGACAUCGACGCCGAGGAUAUUCUGGAUCAGAACGCAGUGAACCCCAACACUGGCGCCUCUCUCCACCGCGAGUAUGGCAGCACGUCCUCCAUCGACCGGCAAGGUUUGUCUGGGGAGAGCUUUUUCGCCAUGCUGAGGGGCUACCGGGUCGACACUCUGGACCACCGCAGCAUGCCCCCGCUGGGCUUUCCCGAACUGCUUCGCUACGAGACCUCGCUGUCCCCCAGCCUUCAGACGGCAGCGCAGAUCGCCAGGGGGGAGAUCGUCAGGAUCUCGGGGUUCGACUACGUGGACAGCUCGCUGCUGUACAGCCGGGAGAGGGAGAAGUCGUUCAAGCGGCGGUUGAAAACGGAAACGACGGAGACCUCUCUGUUCCGGAAGCUGAGAACCAUCAGAAGCGAGCACGACGGGCUGAGGUUCUCCGCGGAGCAGGACGACGGCAGGGCGGAGAAGUACGGCAAGCCGCCAAGCUUUCAGAAGUGCUUCGCUCACUACGACGUUCAGAGCAUACUGUUCAACAUCAGCGAGGCCGUGGCCAACAGGGCCAACCUGGGCAAAAGGAAGAACACAACCACGGGAGCCUCUGCGGCCUCACAGUACCAAGUGUCUGGGGGCGGGCCGGGGAUGUGCGAGUCCCCGCUGGGAAGUCGGGAGGACCUCAACUCCAAAGAAAACUUGGAUGCGGAUGAAGGGGACGGGAAAAGCAACGCCAUGGUCCUCAGCUGCCCGUACUUCCGCAAUGAAAUCGGGGGCGAAGGGGAGAGGAGGAUCUCACUGUCGAGAGCCAAUUCGGCUUCCUAUAGCGCGGGGGAGAACUGCUCCUUUGAGUCCUCACUGAGCUCCCACUGCACCAACGCUGGGGUGUCCGUGCUAGAGGUGCCCAGAGAGAACCAGCCUAUCCACAGGGAAAAGGUCAAGCGCUACAUCAUAGAGCACAUCGAUCUAGGAGCCUACUACUACCACAAAUACUUCUAUGGGAGAGAGCAUCAGAACUAUUUUGGCGUUGAUGAAAACUUGGGCCCUGUGGCCGUGAGCAUCCGAAGGGAGAAGCUGGAGGACGUUAAAGAGAAGGAUGGCGCUCAGUAUAACUACCGGAUCGCUUUCAGGACCAGCGAGCUCACCACCCUGAGAGGAGCGAUCCUGGAGGACGCCGUGCCAUCCACCGCCCGCCACGGCACCGCCAGGGGGCUGCCUCUGAAGGAGGUGCUGGAGUACGUGGUGCCGGAGCUGAAUAUCCAGUGCCUGAGGCUGGCCCUCAGCUCCCCGAAAGUACCCGAGCAGCUGCUGAAGCUGGACGAGCAGGGGCUGAGCUUCCAGCACAAGGUGGGCAUUCUGUACUGCAAGGCCGGCCAGAGCACAGAGGAGGAGAUGUACAACAACGAGAGCGCGGGGCCGGCCCUGGACGAGUUCCUGGACCUGCUGGGACAGAGGGUGCGGCUCAAGGGGUUCAACAAGUACCGAGCGCAGCUGGACAACAAGACGGACUCCACAGGCACUCAUUCUCUGUACACUACCUACAAAGAUUAUGAGUUAAUGUUUCAUGUAUCGACAUUACUUCCUUACACACCUAACAACAGACAACAGCUCUUGAGGAAAAGGCACAUAGGAAAUGAUAUCGUCACCAUCGUAUUUCAGGAGCCAGGGGCUCUUCCCUUCACGCCGAAAAAUAUUCGCUCCCACUUCCAGCACGUGUUUGUCAUCGUCAAAGUACACAACCCUUGCACAGAAAACGUGUGCUACAGCGUGGCUGUUUCAAGGUCUAAGGACGUGCCUGCUUUCGGUCCCCCGAUUCCCAAAGGAGUGACUUUUCCCAAGUCGGCUGUUUUCAGGGACUUUCUCCUGGCCAAGGUCAUUAAUGCGGAGAACGCCGCCCACAAAUCGGAGAAGUUCCGGGCCAUGGCAACCAGGACGAGGCAGGAGUACUUGAAGGACCUGGCGGAGAACUUCGUUACAACAGCAACCAUCGACUCCACGGUGAAGUUCAGCUUCAUCACGCUGGGGGCAAAGAAGAAGGAGAAGAGCAAGCCCAGGAAGGCUGCCCACCUGCACAGCAUCGGCGCCGUCACGUGGAAUGUUAUCGCCCGGGACUUCGGGCAGACCACCGACAUUGAAUGUUUGCUCGGCAUCUCCAACGAGUUCAUCGUGCUGAUAGAGGAGGAGUCCAAGAACGUGGUGUUCAACUGCUCCUGCAGGGACGUUAUAGGCUGGACCUCGGGUCUUAUGAGUCUCAAAAUCUUCUAUGAGCGUGGGGAGUGCGUCGUACUGUCUGCCUUGGACAACUGCGGCGAAGACGUCAGAGAGAUUGUGCAGAGGCUGGAGAUUGUAACCAGGGGCUGUGAGACUUCAGAAAUGACCCUGCGGAGGAAUGGCCUUGGCCAGCUCGGAUUCCAUGUGAACUUUGAGGGGAUCGUGGCCGACGUGGAGCCGUUCGGGUUUGCGUGGAAGGCCGGCCUGCGGCAAGGAAGCCGCCUGGUUGAGAUUUGCAAAGUUGCCGUGGCAACCCUGACCCACGAGCAAAUGAUUGACCUCUUGCGGACGUCUGUGACCGUGAAGGUGGUGAUCAUCCAGCCGCAUGAGGACGGCUCACCCAGGAGAGGCUGCUCUGAGCUCUACCGGAUUCCGAUGGUGGAGUACAAGCUGGACAGCGAGGGUACCCCUUGUGAGUACAAAACCCCUUUCAGGAGGAACACCACCUGGCACCGCGUGCCCACGCCUGCUGGGCAGCCCCUGUCUCGGGCCUCCCCCACCCAGGGCUCUGCAGACAGGCUCCCGUGCCAGCAGCUCCUGCAGCAGGCCCAGGCUGCCAUUCCCCGCAGCACCUCCUUCGACAGGAAGCUGCCAGAUGGUGCCAGGGCACUGCAAGAUGUUGAAAACCCUCAGAUACCUCAGUGCAAUAAAAACGAUGCCAACCAGCACUAUAGGAGCUCUCCAAGCAACCAGUCCUCUUCGAGUGACCCUGGACCCUGUGCAAGUAGCAGCUGGACACAGCAGACAGGAUAUGAGGGCUGCCAGUCCCCUGUACUACAUGAGCGGUCAGCUGAUACCCCAGGCAGCCACACAGAGGGGGAGGGACUGAGAGAGCGCGAGCCCACGUUAGAGAGAACCCGGUCUGCCGAAGCCAAAUGGCACAUCCCCUCCACAAAGAUCCUUAAUUCGCUGAAGGACAGAGGCCCUCAGAAGGAAAGUGGAAAAGACUCCCCUAAUAAACUAUCCAGGACUGGAGACCAGAACUGCUCCAGCCACUCCAGCAGCAACACCCUCUCCAGCAACGCCUCCAGCAACAGUGACGACAAGCACUUUGGCUCCGGGGAUCUCACGGACCCGGACAUGCUGGGCCUGACCUACAUCAAGGGGGCGUCCACGGACAGCGGCAUCGACACGGCCCCCUGCAUGCCAGCCCCCGUGCAGCUGGCCGGGGGCCGCGUGAUGCUGCAGGGCCGCGGGGAGCCGGUGAUCCAGUGGGGCGGGCAGCACCCAGAGGAGCUGGAGCCCGAGGAAGAGCAGGCCAAGCUCUACCCGCUGCAGGGCUACGCCUCGGCGAUGGCCUCUGGCCACGCCACAGAGGGAAGCGUCGGGGACCUCAGUGAGAUAUCCUCCCACUCCAGUGGCUCACACCACUCAGGGAGCCCCUCGACUCGAAGUUCAAAGGUCAGUGCCUCCCUGGACACCUCGAAGGUCUACAUCGUCUCUCAGGGCCCUGCGUCUCCAGGGGUGGGACCAGACGCCAGGGCCUACGUACGCCAGGGGGCUGUCAGCAAGUACCUGAUUGGCUGGAAGAAAGCUGAGGAAAGCCCCCCACCUGACGAGCCCGAGUGUGAGAGUGGUUCAGAAGCAUUGUUAGCUUUUCUCCUAAAGGCACUGUCGGAUUGUUCCAGGCGGCUCUAUGUCGACCCGGCGGAUACGUCUUGCCGACUCCAGGCUGCUGAAAGAGACAGGAAGCACCAGCAAGGCUUUUCCAAGGAGGAGUUUCUGAAGCUGAUGCUGCCCGACAGCCCCCCUGUGGAAGAGAGCAGGAGGAAGAUGUCUGUGGCGGGUGGCCUGUCCCCGAGGAGGUCUCUGUAUCGCACCCUGUCUGACGAGAGCGUCUGCAGUAACAGGAGGGGAUCCUCUUACGCCAGCUCCCGCAGUUCAAUGCUCGACCAAGCUGUGCCAAACGAUAUCCUGUUCAGCACGACGCCACCCUACCACAGCACCCUGCCCCCGCGCAUGUCUCUGAUGCAGGGGACGUCUGGCCUGAGAAAUGAGUUCUGGUUCUCUGACGGGUCUCUGGCUGACAAGUCCAAGUUCACAGAUCCCGGCCUGAUGCCCCUUCCAGACACUGCCUCUGGCCUGGACUGGUCUCACCUGGUCGACGCAGCUCGGGCUUUUGAAGAGCUGUCCUUUGCGCUCUUUCUGGAAGGUCUGGAAUUGGAAGAAGAUCCUGAUCCUGUAUGUCAUCACAAUGGCUUCCUAGACCAGAGAGUUGCUUCUUUUUGCACGAUGACGGACAUGCAACGGGCUGAGGUGCUGGAGAUCUCCCAGGAGCUGUCGAGACAAGUGGCCGCAGCAGAAGAGAACCUCAUUGACAUUGGGGAAAGUUCUCCGUCAACCCUCACAGGGAAGGUCAACCAGCUGGAGGUGAUUCUCAGACAGCUGCAGUAUGAUCUACGAAAGGAGAAAGAGGACAAGGCCAUCCUCCAGGUGGAAGUACAGCACCUGAGGCAGGACAACCUACGUCUUCAAGAAGAGUCCCAGACUGCAGCCGCCCAGCUGAGGAAGUUUACCGAGUGGUUUUUCCACACCAUUGACAAAAAACCUUAAAUUCCUCAUGUAACACUACCAAGGAAGUCCUACCUGAGAGAUCUCUCCAGUAGCGGAAUGUACAUUUAGGGUUUAAAAUCUAGUACUCUGUCAUCUUCAUAGCUAUGUUGUGUCUGACCAUGUUCAGCCAAACUUUCAAUGGGCUUGAGGCGGAGAGAGAGGUGGGAGUGCAUCCAAUAUAAGCCAUGUGGGCAAUACUGGGAAUGUACUUUGAUGUGGUUGACUUCAGUCUGUGCUUGCUACAGGAAAAAAAAAAUGAAUGUAAUAUGUUAUUUCAGACCUUUUGAAAACUGCGAGAAAAACAAUACUACGCUUCUACGUCUAUAGCCAUGAAGGUUUUAAACCUCCACUGAAUUUUAGCAAUCCAGAUAUUAACAAGGCGUGUUGGCUUUUCAGCAUUGUACAAUAUUUCAGUCAGGCAAGUAAUUUUGAUGUUAAAGGUGCUUUCUCUAUAUAUACUUUUUAUAUGUAGUUUAUAUCCACUGUCUCAGUGUCCUAGCAAUAAAAAAGAUGUGUCAGUAGUCACAAAACUGUGUUUAAAGGUUAGCACUAAUGUGAACAAUUACUUGUCCAGAUGUCGUUGUGUUAGGCAUUUAUUUAUUUUGCAGGAACAACAUUGUGCCUGAAAUCUGAACUGUUUCUUUUUUCCUAUUGAACACAUGCCUUGUUAAUGGCUCACUAACAUAACUAAUACAACAAGUCACAAGUUCAUGUGUAUAGUUUAUCUGCAGCAAAAUCAGUUCUUAUGCAGUGUACUAGUACUUCAGGAUGUGAGCCAAUGAGCCACUUUUACAAUGCCAAAUUUGUUUAUCUUUGUACAGAAACUCUAAGGAAGUGUCUUGUAUUUAACACCAUUAUUUAAGCUUAUUUAACCUAAAAUUGUUUAUUUUAUUAAGAGUAUUUGUUUUCUUUGUUGUGCACUAAGAAAAGGACAGCUCUGUGUAAGCUGGAAUUGCUGUAGCUUUCCUGGGCUACAUAGAUGAUUUCUGGAAACUCCAACAUUUGGAUGCUGCUAGAUCACAGUUCAUUGGUUUGUAUGCUUUUACAAUGUCUUUCUUUGUAAAACUGUUUCAUUUAAGAUGGGAUAUACAUUUGCUUUUUUAAAAAUAAAUGUAGGAUGUAAAAACA